AUGACGGUGGCAUAUCUGGAGGAGAAGCCGGCCACACGGCUCGCACCUUCAACGGCAAGCUUUGCCAGUGGGAUACGCUCUGUAGCCGCUCGGUUGCUCGGUGCUGGGAACGGGAGCCGUCCACUUAGCUUUGUGGGGAGCAAUGGUGCCAGCGGCCAGUCUGGCUCAGGGAGCAGCCGUCCUGGUCGACCGCAAGCUGUGGGGAAUUACGAUGGCAAGGGUACCUACAUCAUCUACAGUAUUGCACACAAACUGUUCAUCAGUGAUUUCAACUCGAAUGUUAAUCGUCCGAUCAAGUACAUUCGCUUCAGCAAUUCGGGGCCACUUUGUCAUGCAUUUGACUCGGAGGCCAAGGAUGGACAUGACCUAAUCGUUGGGUUGUCGUCAGGAGAUGUCUGUUCAAUGUCAUUGCGGCAGCAGUUGAAGGAUCCUGGCCAUGAGCCCAUUGAGCCUCAACACUUCAUCAAUAAUAAGUAUAAAGAAGGAAUUACAAACAGCCGGUGUACUGGUGUUGCAUGGGUACCUGGGCAUAAAGGACUUUUUGUUGUCAGCGAUGCUGAUGGAAAUUUGUAUGUGUAUGACAAAUCCAAGGAUGUAAAUACUGAUUGGACAUUUCCAACUGUAGAGGAUCGAAGUGAGAUAAUGAUUUCACAUGCAAAGUCUAGUAAGAGCAAUCCAGUUGCAAGAUGGCACAUAUGCCAAGGUGCAAUCAACGCCAUUUCCUUUUCACCAGAUGGGGCUUAUUUGGCAACCGUUGGACGAGAUGGUUACUUACGAGUAUUUGACUUUGCAAAAGAGCAACUAAUAUUUGGUGGCAAAAGUUAUUUUGGGUCUCUGUUUUGUUGCUCUUGGAGCAUAGAUGGUAAAUACCUAUUAUCAGGUGGCGAAGAUGAUCUUGUGCAAGUGUGGAGCAUGGAUGACAGAAAGAUGGUUGCAUGGGGAGAGGGGCAUAAGUCUUGGGUUAGCGCAGUUGCAUUUGAUUCGUACUGGUCCCCACCGAAUUCGGCUGAAACAGAAGAAAAUACGAAUGAAACAAUGGAAAAUACAAUAUAUCGCUUCGCUUCUGUUGGUCAGGACGCCCGAUUGCUUCUGUGGGAUGUAGCAAUGGAUGAGCUUAGAGCUCCACUAACAUCUAGUUCCAGCUGCUCACCAACAUCUAGCAGUGGAAGAAGCCCUUCUACAGACUGGGACAGCACAUGCCCACCAGCACGCGUUCUCCGCCCUUCUCCACGGAUGCAAGAAGUACCAAAGCUCUUACCCCUUGCCACACAACCAGUAGGUGCAGAUCCGCUGUCUGCUCUGGAAUUCACCAGCGAAUCAAUCCUUGCCAUAUGCCGCGAGGGCCGAAUCACCAUCUGGCCGAGGCCCAUUGACAGUGAAAGCAACAACGACCAACAGCAUCCUGAUUGAUACUGCUUCUCCGAAUGAGAAGACAAGUGAGGCAAGCUUCUUCGGCUCUAGCUUCAAGCAACAGUCAGCUAUGAAAUUCAUGUGAUCGAUGGGAUUUCGCAUGACUCGUUGGGGAAGCUGCAUGCCUCCCAAGCGAUGGGUGAGUGCUUUGUUCAUACCUCCAUAGAUAGAGAUGUGGCAAAAGAAAGAAAAAACAACAUAGGAAAUCCAUCCUGUACAGAUUCAGAUAUUGUGUCUAGGUGAAUAUUACAGGUUGACUAUAUGUGUGCCAUGUCAUUUGGAUGGUCAUUUACGAUAUUUCAAUAGGUUUAUGCACCGUUUUUCAGCCUAGUAUUGCAAGGUGCAACAUGCCAACAUGUGUUUAGACAAAGGAACACCUCGCUGAUCAGGUGCUAAGAAUGGAUUCGAUUGAGUUGUAAAAUUUACUACUACUUGUUAAGAAGAGGCACGAAGAGGGAGAU